AUGGCUGACUUCAUUGUGCCGUCGACGAGCAAGCCUGAAAGCGAUGCUCAGGCCCGGCUGCGGGGGCCCAUUCACGCCAAGCGACAUGUCCGCAUCAUCUGCAUUGGUGCCGGCGCUUCUGGACUGUUGAUGGCCUACAAGCUACAGCGACAUUUCUCUAACUUCAGCCUGACGGUGUACGAGAAGAAUUUGGAGGUGUCUGGAACGUGGUUCGAGAACCGAUACCCGGGAUGUGCUUGUGAUGUGCCCUCGCACAACUACACAUGGUCCUUUGAGCCUAAACUCGACUGGUCUGCUGUGUACGCUAGCAGCCAGGAGAUCUACACGUACUUCAACGACUUUGCGCGCAAAUAUGCCCUCCACAAGUACAUCCAGACCGAGCACCAGGUCAUCGGCUCGGAAUGGAAUCAGCAAAAGGGCGGCUACAAUGUCAAGGUCCAUGACUUGAAGUCUAAUCGCGAGGUUGAUGAUCACUGCGAUAUUCUCAUCAACGCGUCUGGUAUCUUGAAUAACUGGCAAUGGCCCGCCAUCCCAGGUCUGAAAGAUUUCAAGGGCACUCUGCUCCACACCGCGAGCUGGGACGACAAGGUUGAUUUGACCAACCGACACGUGGGUCUGAUUGGAAACGGUUCCUCCGGUAUCCAAGUCCUCCCAAAGAUCCAGCCCAUUGUAUCAAAAUGCACUACCUUCAUCCGAGAGCCAACCUGGGUGUCACCCGUCCAAGGUCUCGAGCAGCAUGUUUUCUCUGACGCUGAGCGUCUUGACUUUGCUACUAAACCUGGUAACCUCCUCGAGUACCGCAAGGGCAUUGAGCGGGGUCUCAACGGCCAAUUCGGCAUCUUCCUGAAGAACACAAAACCAAACAAUGACACCGAAGCCUACUUCCGAGAGCAGAUGAAGGAGAAGCUUCACAAUGACUACCUAGAGGAGCGCUUGGUGCCCAACUGGCACGUAGGAUGCCGCCGAUUGACUCCUGGUGUCGGAUAUCUAGAGUCACUCGGAAAGGAGAAUGUGGAGGUCGUGUACGGUGAGAUUACCAAGAUCUCGGAGAAGGGCUGCGUGAGCGACAACGGCAACGAGUACCCUCUUGACGUGCUUAUCUGCGCCACUGGAUUCAACACUUCCUUCAAGCCUCGCUUCCCGGUCAUCAACCACAAGGGUGUCAACCUCCAGGACGUGUGGAAGGACGAGGCACAGUCAUACUUCGGUGUUGCUGCUGCUGACUUCCCCAACUACCUCAUAUUUUUGGGACCCAACUGCCCUAUCGGCAAUGGACCCGUCCUUUCCGCUAUUGAAUGCCAAGCGGACUACUUCCUGAAGCUCGUCGACCGUUUCCAAACCCACAAUAUCGCCCAAUUCGCCCCACGACAGGAUGCCGUCGAUGACUUUAUUAAGCACAAGAAUGACUUUAUGACCACGACCGUGUGGAAUGACCCGUGCCGGUCAUGGUACAAGCAGCGACCUGACGGCCCUAUUACCGCGCUAUGGCCCGGCUCAACACUUCAUUACAUCGAGGCGCUCAUGGAGCUACGUCUUGAUGACUGGGAGACCAAGUACAACGGCAACAGGUUCGCCUGGCUGGGCGACGGAUACAGCCAAACUGAACUUGACCCGACGGCCGACUGGGGCUACUAUAUCCGGGAUAACGAUGACGACGAACCUUUCAGCCGGGGACGCAAGCUGCAAAUCCUCAACAAGUCGGGCACGAUAGCAGCCAAUGUGGGUGUGAAUUUCGCUGGUGGUCUGGAUAGAGAAGAGGAGAGGCCCAUCCAGUCGAAGAUCUGAAAGGGACUGCAUAAGUGAUGACUUCAUGUUACGAUACUGUGGACGCGGUGGUCUUUGCUGUGGUUAUUUAGCGGUGCAUUUUCUUGGAUCUAUGUUUGCAGAUGACGCUACUUUAUAUGUAUAUAUGCAAAAUAUAAGGCGUCUAUAGACUUGUCUCAAUCUAUACUUUUUACUCCC